GAAGGCAGCAAGAACUACAUCGAAAUUGCUCCAAAAUCUAUUUAGCGUCUCUUAUCCGUUCCGUAUUUUUUCGAAAUAAAUAAAAGUUCAAGAUGCCGAAACCAGUUGUUCAGGUCGGUGAUGACCCCGAUCCAAGCCCAUGGCUAUACAUCUCUGAAGAGAUGAAACAAGAAGCUAUGGCAAAGCCGUACGAUGGCAAGAAGGCUUGUUGGGUUCCUGACGAUAAGGAGGGUUACCUACAGGGUGAAAUCAAGGCUACCAAGGGAGAACUGGUCACGGUUGCUCUUCCUAACGGAGAGACUAAGGAUUUUAAGAAGGAUCUUGUCGGCCAGGUCAACCCACCCAAAUACGAAAAAUGCGAGGAUUUGUCCAACUUGACAUAUCUUAACGAUGCCUCUGUCUUGCAUAACCUUAGAGAGCGUUAUCGUGCUUGUUUGAUUUACACCUACUCUGGCUUGUUCUGCAUUGUAAUCAACCCGUACAAGCGUUGGCCACUUUAUACUAUGCGUGCCGCCAAAAUGUACCGUGGCAAGCGUCGUAAUGAAGUCCCACCCCAUUUGUUUGCCGUAUCCGAUGGUGCCUAUGUCAACAUGUUGUCCAACAAAGAGAACCAGUCAAUGUUGAUCACCGGUGAGUCUGGUGCCGGAAAGACUGAGAACACCAAGAAGGUCAUUGCGUACUUCGCCACAAUUGGUGCCUCGAGCAAGAAGAGUGCUGAAGAAGAGAAGAAGAUCUCGCUAGAAGAUCAGGUCGUCCAGACCAAUCCCGUACUGGAAGCCUACGGUAACGCCAAGACCGUCCGUAAUGAUAACUCGUCUCGUUUUGGUAAAUUCAUCCGUAUCCACUUUACUGCCUCUGGUAAGCUGGCUGGUGCUGAUAUUGAAACAUACCUACUGGAGAAAGCCCGUGUCAUCUCCCAGCAGACUCUGGAACGCUCCUACCACAUCUUCUACCAGAUGAUGUCCGGCUCGGUUAAAGGGUUGAAAGAGAUGUGCUAUCUGUCCAACGAUAUCUACGACUACUACAAUGUAUCCCAGGGUAAAGUUACUAUCCCAAAUGUUGAUGAUGGUGAGGAGUGUUCUCUGACCGAUGAAGCCUUCAAUAUCCUGGGUUUCACCCAAGAAGAGAAGGACAACAUCUACAAGAUUACCGCCGCUGUCAUGCACAUGGGUGGCAUGAAGUUCAAGCAAAAGGGUCGCGAAGAGCAGGCUGAAGCCGACGGCACUGAUGAGGGUGAUCGCGUCGCUAAGCUGCUAGGUUGCGUCACUGAGGAUCUGUACAAGAACCUGCUGAAGCCCCGCAUCAAGGUCGGUGCCGAAUUCGUUAUCAAGGGUCAGAAUAAAGAUCAGGUCACGAACUCUGUUGGUGCUCUCUGCAAGGGUAUCUUCGAUCGUCUGUUCAAGUGGUUGGUCAAGAAGUGUAACGAGACUUUGGACACCAAACAGAAGCGUGCCCAGUUUAUUGGUGUACUGGAUAUUGCUGGUUUCGAGAUCUUUGACUACAACGGUUUCGAGCAGCUUUGUAUUAACUUUACCAAUGAGAAGCUUCAGCAAUUCUUUAACCAUCACAUGUUCGUCCUGGAACAGGAAGAGUACAAGAGGGAGGGUAUCAACUGGGCCUUCAUUGAUUUCGGUAUGGACUUGCUGGCCUGUAUUGAGCUGAUUGAGAAGCCCAUGGGUAUCCUGUCCAUCCUUGAGGAAGAGUCUAUGUUCCCGAAAGCCACCGAUCAAACCUUUGCUGAAAAGUUGAUGACGAACCACUUGGGCAAGUCUCCUCCAUUCCAAAAGCCAAGACCGUCGAAGCCAGGUAUCCCUGCGGGUCACUUUGCCAUUGGUCACUACGCUGGUGUUGUCACAUACAACAUCACCGGAUGGCUUGAGAAGAACAAAGAUCCCCUAAACGACACGGUCAUUGAUCAGUUCAAGAAGGGUACCAACGCGCUUAUUGUUGAGAUCUUUUCCGAUCACCCGGGGCAAUCUGGUCCACCACCAGGCGCUGAUGAUAGCAAGGGAGGUAAGGGCGGUGGACGUGGUAAGAAGGGUGCCGGUUUCGCCACUGUAUCUUCGGCCUACAAGGAACAGCUUAACAAUCUGAUUAGGACUCUGUGCUCCACUUCGCCUCACUUUGUCCGUUGUAUCAUUCCCAACGAGUUUAAGCAGACCGGUCUCAUUGACGCUCACUUAGUUAUGCACCAGCUAACUUGUAACGGUGUACUUGAAGGUAUCCGUAUUUGCCGUAAGGGCUUUCCGAACAGAAUGAACUAUCCAGAUUUCAAACAACGUUAUCUCAUCUUAGCUCCUGCCGCCAUGCAGGCUGAACCUGAGGGAAAAGUUGCCGCUGAGAAGUGCAUGGAAUCAAUAGCUCUAGAUCCGGACUUGUUCCGUAUUGGUCUCACCAAGAUAUUCUUCCGUGCCGGUGUCCUAGGUCAGAUGGAGGAGUUCCGUGAUGAGCGUUUAUCUAGAAUCAUGUCCUGGAUGCAGGCUUGGUGUCGCGGGUAUCUUUCUCGUAAAGAAUUCAAGAAACAACAGGAGCAGCGUACUGCUUUGGAGAUUGUCCAGCGUAAUUUGCGCAAGUACUUGAAGCUCCGUACUUGGGCCUGGUGGAAACUAUGGUCAAAGGUCAAGCCUCUGCUUAAUGUUUCUCGUGUUGAGGACCAGAUUGCGAAACUAGAAGAGAAGGCUCAGAAAGCCACAGAAGCUUUAGAGAAGGAAGAGAAACUCCGUAAGGACUUAGAAGCUAUGAACAGUAAACUGUUAGCCGAAAAGACUGCUCUGCUUGACUCGCUGUCUGGUGAAAAAGGAGCCCUUCAAGAAUAUCAGGAGAAGGCAGCCAAGUUAACCGCGCAGAAGAACGAUCUCGAGAAUCAGUUGCGCGACACUCAAGAGCGCUUGGCUCAAGAGGAAGAUGCUCGUAACCAGCUAUUCCAAACUAAAAAAAAGUUAGAGCAGGAAAUCUCUGGUCAGAAGAAGGAUGCUGAAGAUCUGGAACUACAGAUCCAAAAGAUCGAGCAAGACAAGGCGUCCAAAGAUCACCAGAUUCGAAACUUGAAUGAUGAGAUCGCCCACCAGGAUGAACUGAUCAACAAGUUAAACAAGGAGAAGAAGAUGCAAGGUGAAGUAAAUCAGAAAACUGCUGAGGAGCUCCAGGCUGCUGAAGAUAAGGUCAACCAUUUGAACAAAGUUAAGGCCAAGUUGGAGCAGACUCUGGAUGAACUUGAAGACUCGCUGGAGCGUGAGAAAAAGCUUCGCGGUGAUGUUGAUAAAGCUAAGCGCAAGGUUGAGGGUGACUUAAAACUAACCCAGGAAGCUGUGUCUGAUCUGGAACGCUAUAAGAAAGAACUGGAACAGACCAUCCUGCGCAAGGACAAGGAAAUUUCCGCUCUAUCUGCUAAGCUCGAGGACGAGCAGAACUUGGUUGGGAAGCUACAAAAGCAGAUCAAGGAGCUACAGGGCCGCAUUGAAGAGCUCGAGGAGGAAGUCGAGGCUGAGCGCCAGGCUCGUGCUAAGGCUGAAAAACAGCGUGCUGAUCUAGCCCGUGAACUCGAGGAACUUGGUGAGCGCCUGGAAGAGGCCGGUGGUGCCACAUCGGCCCAAAUUGAGUUGAACAAAAAGCGUGAGGCUGAACUCGCUAAGCUGCGUCGUGACUUGGAAGAGGCAAACAUCCAACAUGAAGGCACUUUGGCUAAUCUGCGCAAAAAGCAUAACGAUGCCGUUGCUGAGAUGGCCGAGCAGGUUGACCAGCUGAACAAAUUAAAAACUAAAGCUGAACAUGAUCGUGCGAAUAUGUACAAUGAACUCAAUAAUACCCGAUCUGCCUGUGAUACACUUGCUCGUGAAAAGGCCGCCCAAGAAAAGAUCGCCAAACAGCUACAACACACUCUUAACGAAGUGCAAGGCAAGCUGGACGAAACCAACCGCACCUUGAACGACUUUGACGCAUCCAAGAAAAAACUUUCCAUUGAGAACUCUGACCUGCUCCGCCAGUUGGAGGAUGCUGAGUCUCAGGUCUCACAGCUCAGCAAGAUUAAAAUCUCUCUCAGCCAACAGCUUGAGGAUACCAAGCGUCUAGCCGAUGAGGAGUCUCGCGAACGCGCAACUCUACUCGGAAAAUUCCGCAACUUGGAGCACGACCUCGACAACUUACGCGAACAGGUUGAAGAAGAGGCUGAAGGCAAGGGCGAUAUCCAGCGUCAACUCAGCAAGUCAAAUGCUGAAGCUCAACUGUGGCGUACCAAAUACGAAUCAGAGGGUGUUGCUCGCGCUGAGGAGCUCGAGGAAGCCAAGAGGAAAUUGCAGGCUCGCCUUGCAGAGGCUGAGGAGACCAUUGAAUCGCUCAACCAGAAAUGCAUUGCUCUAGAAAAGACCAAGCAGCGUCUGUCCACCGAAGUCGAGGAUUUACAGCUCGAAGUCGACCGUGCAACCACGAUCGCCAACUCAGCCGAAAAGAAGCAGAAGGCCUUCGAUAAGAUCAUCGGAGAAUGGAAGCUCAAGGUCGACGAUCUGGCUGCCGAGCUGGACGCUUCCCAAAAGGAGUGCCGCAACUACUCGACCGAACUGUUCCGUUUGAAGGGUGCAUAUGAAGAGGGCCAGGAGCAGCUUGAGGCGGUCCGGCGUGAGAACAAGAACUUGGCUGACGAGGUUAAGGAUCUGCUAGACCAGAUUGGUGAGGGUGGCCGCAAUAUUCACGAGAUUGAAAAGUCUCGCAAGCGUUUGGAAGCUGAGAAGGACGAACUGCAGGCCGCUCUUGAGGAAGCCGAGGCUGCUCUAGAACAAGAGGAGAACAAGGUUCUGCGCGCUCAGCUUGAACUGUCUCAGGUGCGCCAGGAAAUUGACCGCCGCAUCCAGGAGAAAGAAGAGGAGUUCGAAAAUACCCGCAAAAACCACCAGCGUGCUCUGGACUCUAUGCAGGCCUCUCUCGAAGCCGAAGCCAAGGGUAAGGCUGAGGCCCUUCGCAUGAAGAAGAAGCUCGAGGCUGACAUCAACGAGCUUGAAAUAGCUCUGGAUCAUGCUAACAAGGCUAACGCUGAGGCACAGAAGAAUAUCAAACGAUAUCAGCAACAACUGAAGGAUGUCCAGGGAGCUUUGGAGGAAGAACAACGUGCCCGUGAUGAUGCCCGUGAACAGCUGGGUAUUUCUGAGCGUCGUUCCAAUGCCUUGCAAAACGAACUGGAAGAGUCUCGCAGUCUGCUGGAACAGGCUGACCGUGGUCGUCGUCAGGCUGAACAGGAACUGGGUGAUGCUCACGAACAGUUGAAUGAAGUUUCUGCCCAGAACGCUUCGAUCGCUGCCGCCAAGAGGAAACUAGAGUCUGAGCUCCAGACACUGCACUCCGACCUGGAUGAGCUGCUGAACGAAGCUAAGAAUUCCGAGGAGAAGGCCAAGAAGGCGAUGGUUGAUGCCGCCCGCCUCGCUGAUGAGCUCCGCGCUGAACAGGACCAUGCCCAAACUCAGGAGAAGCUUCGGAAGGCCCUUGAGCAGCAGAUUAAAGAGCUACAGGUACGCUUGGACGAUGCGGAAACCAACGCCCUAAAGGGAGGCAAGAAAGCAAUCCAGAAAAUGGAACAGCGCGUUCGAGAGCUUGAAUCUGAGCUGGACAAUGAGCAAAGAAGACAUGCUGAUGCUCAGAAAAACCUCCGCAAGUCCGAACGCCGCAUCAAGGAGCUGACCUUCCAGUCUGAGGAAGACCGCAAGAAUCACGAACGCAUGCAAGACCUCGUCGACAAGCUGCAGCAGAAGAUUAAGACUUACAAGAGGCAAAUUGAGGAAGCUGAGGAGAUUGCUGCUCUGAACCUUGCUAAGUUCCGCAAGGCUCAACAGGAACUGGAGGAAGCUGAAGAGCGUGCCGAUAUUGCCGAACAAGCAGCCACAAAAUUCCGUUCUAAAGGAGGACGUGGAGGUUCUGCGCAACGUGGUACUAGUCCAGCGUUAAGUACUAUUUAGGGUUUGCCGAUGCUAGCCUUCAUUUUUUACGUUUUCAUUUAUAGUCUCCGACACCUGUGAGAUUUUCUUAUUGGACUAUGAUAAGAGAACAAUCUAUGAAAAAGCUAAUUGAAAAAAUCUCAUCCAGCUUCAUAUUAGACUACAAUACAAUAGCUGCUUUAAAAACGAUGAUUCAGUGACGAUUUAUUAGUUUUAAUUGUUCUAUAUUGUAACGUUAAUUUUUUAUUACAAUUAUUACAAAAAAAUAUAUUGGAAUCUUGAAAUCAAA